CAGCACCAGCAUCCCCGCUCUGCUGAAAUAGCCACUGGAGAAGGAAGGGAAGGAGAGAGGGGGGAGAAAAGGACACAGGGAAGAGAGAGAGGGAUAAAAAAGGAUCCUCGUAGCCCACCACACCACAUCAGGCCGUAAAAGUGGGGGAAAACCCACCCCCUCGGGAGAGGAUUCAGAGACAAAGGAAGCUUCAUGUUCAAAGGGCCAGUGGAGAGCAAAAACGAAGCAGCUAUGUCUGAGCUGGUCCCAGAGCCACGACAAAAACCCGCCGUACCAAUGAAACCCAUGGGCAUUAACGCCAACUUGCUGGGCUACAUCGGCAUUGACACCAUCAUCGAGCAGAUGCGCAAGAAAACCAUGAAGACGGGGUUCGACUUCAACAUCAUGGUUGUAGGUCAGAGCGGACUGGGAAAGUCAACGUUGGUGAACACCCUCUUCAAAUCCCAGGUGAGCCGCAAAUCUUCAGGCUGGAACCGGGAGGAGAAGAUCCCCAAGACGGUGGAGAUCAAAGCCAUCGGGCACGUCAUUGAAGAAGGUGGUGUCAAAAUGAAGCUGACAGUGAUCGACACGCCGGGGUUUGGAGACCAGAUCAACAACGAGAACUGCUGGGAGCCUAUUGAGAAGUACAUCAACGAGCAAUAUGAAAAAUUUUUGAAAGAGGAGGUGAAUAUUGCAAGGAAGAAACGAAUUCCAGACACGCGGGUGCACUGCUGCCUCUACUUCAUCUCCCCCACGGGUCACUCCCUGCGGCCUUUGGACCUGGAGUUCAUGAAACAUCUCAGCAAGGUGGUGAACAUCAUCCCUGUUAUUGCCAAGGCUGACACCAUGACCUUGGAGGAGAAGACGGAAUUCAAACAAAGAGUGCGCAAAGAGCUGGAAGUAAAUGGGAUCGAGUUUUACCCCCAGAAAGAAUUUGAUGAGGACUUGGAGGAUAAAACAGAGAACGACAAAAUCAGGCAGGAAAGCAUGCCCUUCGCAGUAGUGGGCAGCGACAAGGAGUACCAAGUGAAUGGCAAAAGAGUCCUGGGCAGGAAAACACCUUGGGGCAUCAUUGAAGUGGAAAACCUCACUCACUGUGAAUUUGCCCUGCUUCGAGAUUUUGUCAUCAGGACCCACCUUCAGGACCUAAAAGAAGUGACCCACAACAUCCACUAUGAGACCUAUAGGGCCAAGCGUCUGAAUGACAACGGAGGGCUGCCCCCCAUGGCUGUCGAGACAGAGGAAAACCACGAAAGUAACCUGUGAACAACACACCCCCCACACACCCGCUGUCGCCCGGUGUCUCU